AUGUUGUCAGCCAAGCAGCUCCACCUCGUCGUGUUGCCGUCCGCUGCGCGCCGUUUCUUCCACAGCGAAGUGCACAACAAGGCGCUUCUCCAGUCGACUGCAUUCAUCAACGGCCAAUGGGUCGGCGCGCACUCGAACGAGCGCUUUGCCGUAAUCGACCCGUCAACUGACGAGGAGAUUGCGCACGUUGCAGCAAUGAGUCACGUCGAGACGAACGAAGCUGUGGCUGCGGCCUUUGCCGCUCAGAAAGAGUGGCGCAGGACAACGCCAGCCGCUCGUUCGGCGCUGCUCAAGAAAUGGCACGCAGCGAUCGUGUUGCACACGGAAGACUUGGCGGUUAUUGCGUCGGCAGAGAGCGGCAAGCCGUUGCUUGAAGCCAAGGGGGAAGUGGCGUACGCUGCUGGCUUCAUUGACUUUUACGCACACGAGGUCAUGCACGCGAGCGGCUUUUUGCCGUCCACGUCGGCACGCGACCACAAGAUUAUGGCCUGUAAAGAGCCAGUAGGUGUCUGUGGGAUCCUCACGCCCUGGAACUUUCCAUUGGCGAUGAUUGCCCGCAAACUCGGUCCUUGUCUCGCAGCUGGAUGCACAGCAGUGGUGAAACCAGCUGCGGAAACGCCACUGUCGGCUCUGGCUUUGGCUAAACUCGCUGAGGACGUUGGCAUGCCACCGGGUGUGAUAAAUGUAGUGCCGGCUCCACAUGAUAAGUCGGCAGAGAUUGGUGAAGCGCUGACCAGCAGCCGCGACGUCCGGAAGAUUUCGUUCACAGGCUCAACGCGCGUCGGGAGGCUGCUGAUGGAGCAGUCGGCGAAGACUGUGAAGCGCUUGUCACUGGAACUGGGAGGCAACGCUCCGUUCAUCGUGUUUGAAGAUGCUGACCUGGACAAGGCUUUGGAUGGCUUGAUAGCAUCGAAGUUUCGCAAUACGGGCCAAACGUGUGUGUGCAGUAACCGCAUCUUUGUCCAUGAGAGUAUUUACGAUGACUUUGCGGCCAAGUUGGUGGAGCGUGUGAGGCAUCUCAAGAUGGGUCCGCCUCGAGAGGAAGGCGUGAAACUAGGUCCACUUAUUGGCCACAAUGCUUUACUGAAGACGUCGGAACUUGUGGAGGACGCGGUCACGAACGGCGCAACAGCUCUUGUUGGCGGCAAGCAAAGUGACAUUGGACGCAAUUUUUACGAAGCUACUGUGUUGACAAACGUAAACAACGCAAUGCGCGUGUGGAGCGAAGAGAUUUUUGGGCCUGUCGUGCCGCUGUUUAAAUUCUCGUCGGAAGAAGAGGUGAUCGAAAUGGCGAAUGGAACGGAAUCUGGUCUUGCCGGGUACUUUUUCUCGCAGAAUUUAUCGCGCACGUGGCGCGUGGCAUCUGCAUUGGAAUGUGGUAUGGUUGGUGUCAAUACGGGUGCGAUCUCAAAUGUGCAGGCUCCGUUUGGUGGCGUGAAGCAGUCCGGACUGGGGCGUGAAGGCUCAUCGAUGGGUCUUGAGGAGUACCAAGAAACGAAGAUGAUCUGUGUGGGCGGGCUGGAUAUAUAA